AUGAGCGGACUCGCGUCCAAGCAGCAGUCGCAGAAGCUGUUCGAGAAGCUGAAGGGCAAAUCCUCCAACAAGAUCUGCUUCGACUGCGGCGCAAAGAACCCGACGUGGACCUCGGUGCCAUUUGGCAUCUAUUUAUGUCUCGAUUGUUCUUCGAACCAUCGAAAUCUCGGAGUACACAUCUCGUUCGUCCGGUCAACUAAUCUUGACCAGUGGCAAUGGGAUCAACUACGUAUUAUGAAGGUGGGCGGGAACGAGUCUGCUACCAAAUUCUUCCGCGCCAAUGGUGGAAGCGCUGCGCUUAGCAGCAAGGACCCAAAGACCAAAUACCAAUCGGCCGCCGCCACCAAGUACAAGGACGAGCUUAAGAAGCGCGCCGCCAGAGACGCAAUCGAAUUCCCAGACGAGGUCGUUAUUGCCGAUGCCGCUGAUGUUGACGGCUCCUCUACACCGGCUGGCGAGCCCGAUGAUGAUUUCUUCUCUUCCUGGGACAAGCCAUCCAUCAAGAGACCCACGCCGCCCGUGUCACGAACUGCUACACCGCCAGUUGUCGGCCGCACACCGUCCCCCUUCCUCAAUUCCGGCAUUGCCAAUGGCAAGGAAAUCGGAAGGUCUUCCUCGCCACUUUCAAAGCCCGAGUCGGGUGAUGCGCGACCUGCCGCUAGCCGCAUUACCACUUCGGCUGCGCUACGGAAAACCGCCACCGGUGCCGGAGCGCGCAAGACGAAUGUUCUUGGCGCAAAGAAGAAUACCAAGCUCGGGGUCAAGAAGGUUACCGGCGACAUCAUCGACUUUGACGAGGCUGAGAAGAAGGCCAAGGAGGAGGCUGAGAGAAUCGCGAAGCUGGGAUACGAUCCCGAGGCCGAGGACGUCGUGGCAAAGAAGGCAACUGCGACAAAGAACGAGCCAGACGCCAUUGUCUCGCCGACUCCCGUCAGCCCUCGUGGAUAUGGAUCCGGUCACUCGCGUGAAAAGUCGGCCGCCGAAGUGGAGCGACUAGGCAUGGGCUUUGGACGGCUGGGCUUCGGCCAAGUUGGUGGUGGCGCUGCUAAGGCGGCUGCUGCGCCCAAAAAGAAUGCCGGUGGCUUUGGAUCGGUCGGCCCUGUAAAAGCCGCAACUGAAGACGAUGAGGAGCGCUAUGCUCGCAACAAAUUCGGCUCCCAGAAGGGCAUCUCAUCCGACGAGUUCUUUGGAAAAGGCUCGUUCGACCCCAGCGCCCAAGCAGAGGCCAAGACUCGUUUGCAAGGCUUCGAGGGAGCCAGUGCCAUUUCAUCAAAUGCAUACUUUGGGCGCUCUGAGGAAGAGGAUCCCGGUGAGGAUUAUGGCGACCUCGAGACCGCUGCCAAGGAUUUCGUCCGCAAAUUCGGCAUCACUGCUGGCGACGACCUGGAAAACUUGACCAGCGCGCUCGGCGAGGGUGCCACUCGGCUGCAAGGGGCCAUUCGCAACUACCUGGGCAGCUAA